AUGGCUACAAAACCAGUUUUAGGUCCAGAGGAAAGUGUACAAUUUUUAUUUGAGAUAUCCAAGGUCGUAAAACUAUUUUAUGAAACUCCAGUAAUAUUUUUCACCAAUAAAGAUUACUCUGAAUAUGUUUUUAAUACGAUGUGUGAGUUACGAUUAUGUUUACAAACCGAUAAUAAGAGUAAUUUAAUGGACAUCAUACUCGAUUUUCACCUACAAUGGCUGCACGCAGUAAACGAUAUCGAGAAUUUUAUGAAAAUAAUGAAAGAUCUGACGAAAGAUGAAAUCUCUCAGGCGAUUAGUUUUACUAUCGAUGCCAUGGCGCUACGCCUAAAAUAUUAUGAACAAUAUAUGAACGUGCAGCGACAACCGCUAAAAAAUGAAAUUCAAGCAAACAUUAUAUCUGACAUAGAAAUUGUAGAAGAAAUGCACGAACAUGUCAUUCAUAUCAUAUUGGAAAAAUUAAAAUGUUUUCGAAGCACUGAAAUGCAAUAUGAAUUUAAUUUAAAAUUAAAUCAUUCAAUAGAAGAAUUUCUGCAUUGGUUAGACAAAAUAUAUGACAGUCUUGCGAUGCUGUUGUGCAACUACAUCAACUUUAAUGUACCCCAUCUUUCUGGGGAUUUAACUAAAACUUUGCAACAGAUCGUUGGAGAUAUGAAAAGUUCGAAAUCGAUAAGUGCUCAAAAAAUACUAGAACAAAUCGAAAAACAAGAUAAAGACCUGAGUUCCAUGAUACGUUCGACUACGUGUCACAGUCUUGAGAUUUGCAAAGUUCUUGAUAAAAUAAACAUAAUUGAAGAUAGAAUAGCCAGAUUAGAAAAUGAACCUCUUUCAGCGGCAGUGAUGGCUUUAAAACAUAAGAAAGGCUAUUUGGAAAAAAGACUUAACUCUCUUGAAAACAUGAAAAUAACUUUGAAAGAUAUCGAAGAUGCAACAGAAGAUCAAUUGAAAUCUAAGCUGAGUGAUGAUAAACUGUGUGUAUGCGAAGAUUUUUAUCAAUUACGAAUUUUUAAUCAUCAGCUACCGACAGAGGAACGUGAACGCUUAGUGACAGAAUUGUGUUACUUAUGGGAUUUAGCGAUUUUUGGAGACCGUAGUCAUAAAUCUAUAAUUUCGAUUCUUAGUGUCGCGGAUAUGAAAGAAGAAUUUACCGACGAACUUGGAACUUUUAUUAUUGAUGAACACAGCAGAAAAAUUUAUAAAUUGCCUGAUGACGAAACGAAAUAUCAACCGAAUGAAAACAACGAUUUAGUGCCUCUUACUGAUGAUAAUGAGCAUGUAUAUUACUAUGAUGAGUGUGGUCGGUAUUUUAUAGAUCCAAACACUAGACAACGGGUAUACAAAGCAUUGGAUACUUCCAGUGAAUACAUGAUGAGCAGUGCUGGUGUACUAUUAAAAACAAAAGAGGUGCGCGAAGGCAUAACCUAUUAUUAUGACAAUUAUGGACGAUACUACAUUAAUAAUGAUGGUAAAAAUAUAUAUAAAGAUGUUGACGCACAAAGUGAAUAUGAAAACGAUGGAUUUGGAAACCUUGUCCGUAUUCGUAGCCAAACAUGUAUAUACAAUGUUUGCCCUGAUGAUGAGAAUGUAACUGAAGAUUUCACGUAUAUUAAACAAAAUGUUGGAAAGGCAUUAAGGCAAUGUAUUGCACAAGUUAUAUUACAACAACCUGCCGAUCCUGUAGAAUUUUUAUCAGAAAGCUUAAUAAAGUAUCGAGAAAACAUUGAAUUAAAAGAUAAAAGAGCCAGGGAAAAAGAGGAGAUGGGAAUCGAAAAAGAAAAUAUAAUGAUGGAAGAAAGGGCCAAACAAGAAGCAGCAGCCAGAGCAGCUGCUCAAUUUGCUACCGGUGGUAGUGAAGCGAGCUAUGACUCGAAUUUACAAAAUUAUACCCCUUUACAGCCAGAAGAUUUGGUUUCGAUCGAUACAAAUACAAAGUAG